GUCGACACUGCACUCCAGGAGAACCUAGAGGCAUCUUCAUCUUACCUAGUUGACAGGCUCUAUCCUGCAAACACUAGACCCCUCUUCUUUACAGAUAUCUACUAA